GCUACGGCUGAGGAGGGGGCAAAGCGGGGAAAAGAGAGGGAAAAAGAGUCAGGAGCGAGGCGGGCGAGGACGAGGGCGCGGGCACGGCGAGGUCCCGGCCGGCCAAAGGAGGCUCGCAGAAGCAGCACCCCGCCGCCCGACCGCAGCUAGAUUGUGAAGAUUGAUUCAGGAGACCGCAUUAAUUUCAGGAAUUUAUUGAAAAAGACACUGGCUCUGCCAUUAACAGCCAUGUAACCUUGGAUAUGGAAGAAAGAAACAGCAUUGCCAUGUUGGUGUCAGAGAUUGGAGAACAGGAGGCUGUGUUAACUGCUGAAGGAGUCCUCAGCCAGGCCUCGGAAGUUGACGGGCAAAGAAAAGCCAAAGCAGAUCCAUUGGUCCAUGUCAUCCAGAAGUUAAGCAAGAUAGUGGGGCACGAAAAGUCACAAAAAUGUCUUCUGAUUGGGAAGAAGCGCCCGCGCCCAAGUGUGACACCACUCUCUCUUGAAGCCCUAGAGCACUGUGAGAUUCCAGCUAAAACAGCCGAGUCCCCUGCUGCUGAGAUUAGGAAAUCUGAGAUGUCACAAGCAAAUUCUACUCCAGAUUCUCUUGCCUCAAAUGAUGGAAAGGCUAUGUCCUACCAGUGUAGCCUUUGUAAGUUCCUGUCGUCGUCCUUCUCUGUGUUGAAAGAGCACAUCAAGCAGCACGGGCAACAGAAUGACGUGAUGCUCAUGUGCUCAGAGUGCCACAUGACCUCCAGAAGCCAGGAGGAGCUCGAGGCUCAUGUGGUGAAUGAACACGAAAACAGUGCCAGUAGCCACAUUCAGCCCAGCUCCUCCUGCCAGGGAGCCACAGAAAGAAAGAGUGAGACCGUGGUGGACGUCCCAGUGAGCAUGGGCAUCCCACAGGCCCAUACCGUCCAAAGUGCAGCCGGGGCAGAGAUGGGCAGGAGGAAGUGGUAUGCCUACGAGCAGUACGGCAUGUAUCGAUGCCUGUUUUGUAGCUACACGUGCGGCCAGCAGCGGAUGUUGAAGACACAUGCUUGGAAACAUGCAGGGGAGGUUAACUGCUCCUAUCCAAUCUUUGAGAAUGAAAAUGAGCCCCUCGGCCUUCUCGCUUCUUCGGUGUCUGCUGCACCUGGCGGGGUCGACGCGGUUGUCAUUGCUAUCGGGGACAGUGAACUCAGCAUCCACAAUGGGCCAUCUGUACAAGUACAGAUUUGCAGCUCUGAGCCACUGUCCUCCUCAUCUCCUUUAGAAGAGAGCACAGAGGAGGGAGUGCACCUCAGCCAGUCAGUCACCCUGGACUCUAACGAGGAAGAGACGCUGGAGGUGAUGUCUGAUUCCGAGGAGAAUCUGUUUGCUGAUAGUUUGCUCUCAUCAGCACAGAAAAUCAUUAGCAGCAGCCCAAACAAGAAAGGGCAUGUGAAUGUCAUUGUGGAGCGUUUGCCAAGUGCGGAAGAAACCCUCCCGCCAAAACACUUCCUCCUGAAUGCUGAGAUGGAAGAGGGGAAGAGCCUGAGGCCUGCCGAUGCGCAGACUGGGUGUGGAGCAGCAGGAGACGUGUUCCAUGCUGAUAAAUGUACUGUUGAUAUUGGGGGAUUGCUCAUCGGCUGGAGCAACGCAGAGAAGAAAGAAAGUGAGCUGAGUAAGGGCCUGGCUGCUGACGAGAAUGCCCCACCAGGACGAAGAAGGACAAACUCUGAGUCUCUCCGGCUGCACUCCUUAGCUGCAGAAGCCCUUGUCACCAUGCCCAUAAGAGCUGCUGAACUAACGAGAGCCAGCCUUGGGCACUAUGGGGACAGAAACCUUUUAGAUCCAGACACUGGACAAAGGCAGGUCAGUGGUCCAUUGGCGGCAUACUCAAAAAAAAUCAUGUCUCCUCUUAAGAACUCUUCCGAUGGAGUGGCAAGUUUAAACCAAAGCAGUUCCACUGUGGUAGAGCUCCCGGAGGGAAGGCAGGAAUUGUCAGAUGGGCAAGUUAAGUCUGGCAUCAGCAUGUCCCUUCUUACUGUAAUAGAAAAACUGAGAGAAAGGACAGACCAGAAUGCGUCAGAUGACGACAUUUUGAAAGAGUUGCAGGACAAUGCCCAGUGUCAGCCCAAUGGUGAUGGGAGUUUGUUAGGGUCCAACGUGGUGGAAUACAUCCCGGAUGCUGAGCGGCCCUACCGCUGCCGCCUGUGCCACUACUCGAGUGGCAACAGGGGCUACAUCAAGCAGCACCUGCGUGUCCAUCGGCAGAGGCAGCCUUACCAGUGUCCUAUCUGUGAGCACAUAGCUGGGAACAGCAAAGACUUGGAAAGCCACAUGAUCAACCACUGUAAAACCAGAAUACACCAGUGUAAGCAGUGCAAAGAGUCUUUCCAUUACAAGAGCCAACUGAGGAAUCAUGAGAGAGAUCAGCACUGUCUGCCCAACACCUUGUCAGUAGCUUCAAAUGAGCCAAGAAUUUCCCGUGAUGCCGCUGAUGGAAAGUGUGCUCAGGAAGGAAACAAGUCUUCAACCCAGAAGCAGUAUAGGUGCGAUGUGUGCGAUUACACAAGUACAACUUAUGUUGGUGUCAGAAACCACAGACGAAUCCAUAACUCAGAUAAGCCAUACAGGUGCUCCUUGUGUGGGUACGUGUGCAGCCACCCCCCUUCCUUGAAGUCACACAUGUGGAAGCAUGCGAGUGACCAGAACUACAACUACGAACAAGUUAACAAGGCCAUCAACGAUGCAAUCUCACAGAGCAGCAGAGUUCUGGGGAAGUCCCCUGGGAAAACACUUUUAACCAGCAGUGGAGAGAGAGCUGACCCAACCCCCGGCGGUCCAGAAGACUUGGUGUCAUCCUCAGAGCUGACUUCCCAGCUGCCCAGUGAGGUCAUAGAUGCCAGCGAGCUUGAGAAACUGAGCCCCACGGGCAGCAGCUCUGACAUCUCAGGAAGGAGCUGCAGCCUGGCUACACCGGGCACCGAGUACUGCGUGCUGCUCUUCUGCUGCUGCAUCUGUGGCUUCGAGUCAACCAGCAAGGAAAGCCUCCUGGAUCACAUGAAAGAACAUGAGGGGGAGAUCGUUAGCAUCAUCCUGAACAAGGACCACAGCACAGCCCUGAACGCCAACUAGCUGGGAGCAUGUGGGAGGGACCCUCAACUGCAGGCCAAGCUCAAUGCUGUCACUAGCUCACUAGACAUGGGGAAGCAGGUGGGUGUGACUGUGUUUCAGGGUUUGAUUGAGGAUAGAGAGCUGUGACCCUGUGUGAGCCUCUUCACUCCUUAGUAUCAAGUGUUUACUAUUAAAAGCUUGCCAUAGUUCAGA